AUAUCAUGGGUCGUGGUGUGAGCAGUGGUGGGGGGCAGAGUUCAUUGGACUACCUUUUUGGAAGUGGAGGUGAGCCAAAGCCCACUGCAGUGUCCACAGGCAACACUGAGUCUCCUCCAACCCAGGUCCAUGUUGCCGCCACUGAGCCACCUCCGCCUCCUAAAACUGCCGCCCCAAUAACACCACCAGAUAUUACAAAACAGAUUCCAGCUGGCAUCCAAAGUAGCAAGCUUAACAACUACAUCCGAGCUGAUGGACAGAAUACUGGCAACUUCAUCACGGAUCGCCCUUCGACCAAGGUUCAUGCUGCUCCAGGUGGAGGGUCUUCUUUGGGAUAUCUGUUUGGUGAUGGUAAGAAGUGAUAUUUUUUGUUGUUGUAAAAUAUGAGAAUCAAGUAUUUGUUUGCUAUCUGUUUGGAUUUUGGGUGUGGUUUAAAAAAAACGUGGCAGAUUUCGACUUUUUAAGAAUUGUAAUAUAUGGCUAUCGGUUUUUCAUAAUGUUUCAAAAAUGGCAAUGAACAUAUCUAUUCAAUAAUAGUCACAUUUUCUUUUUCA